CUUUUUGUUGUUGUUGAAACUUGAUUAUCGACCAAACAAAACAAACAAACAAAAUUCCAUUCAAUUUUUCAAAAAAGGAAAAAAGUACUUUAAAAUUUUUAUUAAAUUUUUUAACAAUACAAAAAUGCUUCAACCUAAAAACAAAUCUCGAGUAACUUUCUCCGAUGCAAAACUCCAACACAACUCUACUAACAAUAACUUUAUACAAAGCAUAAAUGAAGAAGAUCGUCGUGAUAAAAUUCUCGAAGGCGUCUUCCUCCGUAGCACCGAAGAGAAUCCCUAUUCCAGGCAAGUAAACAAUUCUAUUCAAAUUUGUAAUGAAUUAAAAGAAGAAGCUAGACAAAGAUUUCUCGAUGAGAAACGACGACAGCAAUUACGAGAAAAUAAUCAAGAAUUAAAACAAUUAGAAAUUCAAUUAAGAACUGCUUACAUUAAAAAAGCAGUUGCUGGUCAAAUUUAUGAACAACAAGCUUUAAAAGAACAGCGAAAAGCUGAAGAGAAACAAGUUAAUCGUGAAUUGGAAGAAGCUCGUUUGAAGAGCGAUGAAGCAGCUAGAAAGGUCGAAGAAGAGAAGCGUGCAAAAAGUGCUGCUCUCAAGACAGACCUUCAAGAUCAAAUAGCUACUUCCAAUGCCAAACGAUUAACUAAAUACGAGGCUCUUCUCAAAGAGAAGAAAGCCAUUGAUGAGAUUGUAAGAAAAUGUCAAGAAGACAAGUUCAAAGAAGAGCAAGAAGCUUCCAAGAGAAAGCUCAAAAUAAAAGCCGAAAUGGAAGAACGAAAAAGAGCUCAAGAAGCUUGGAAGGCAGCUUCCAUUCAAGCUUCUGAAACUGAAAAUGAAAAGAUUCUAGAGUUGUUAAGACAACGCGAUAUAGAACAACAAAUGGCAAAGGAAGAAAAAUUGAGACAACGUUUGCGUAAAGAUCAAAUUAGCGAAAAAAUUGGCCAACAAAUCCACGCCAUUCAGUUGGAAGAAGCUAAAGGCAGAGAGUGUCUUGUAGAGCUUCUAAUUGAUGAACGACAAGCUAAAGAAGAGCUUGAAUUGCGUGAGAAGUUGGAAAAACAGAUGAGACAACGAGCACUCACGGCUUUGCAAUUGCAGCAAGACCGUGAAGAAAAAGAACGUCGAAAACUGGCUGAGAAGAAGUUAGAAGAAGAGUUUUUCAAGGAACAAAUGCGUGUUCUAGCUGAACGCGAUAAAUUGGAUCAGUUAUCUGAUGAAAAACGAAGAAGGAAGCAGCUAGAGCAUCGAAGAGCUCUGCAAGAGGCAUUGAAUGAGAAGAAACGUCUCAAGGCUGAGGAAAUGAAGGAGUUCCUUACAGCGAGGGAGAAGGAUCUCAAAGAGGCUGAAAGAGCUGAAAAACUUGUUGAAGAGGAACGUAGUCGAAUGAUUAAGGAACAUGCAUCUGGUUUAUUGGGAUUUUUAGCUCCUGGGGUAUUACGAGACUCGGAUAGAACUCUUGUGUCUAUUCCACCGAAAUAAUUAUUUUUUUUUUAAUAAAUAUAUUUUGUAAAUA